UCAAUCUCAAUUCUCCGUUCCCCAUCCAAUUCCAGCGAUAACGAAUAUCUCGAAAACACCUCCCCGCCAUCUUCCGACGACAUACAAAAAGCUCCACCAACAGCAGCUCCAUCAGACAGACAGACAGACAAGACCGCCACCUCCUCCCAACGAAACGGUCUCUUAAACCACACACACACACUUUAACACAUACGACCUCGGAAGAAAAAAGCAAAAAAUAAAGAGAAAAAAAUGGCAGACUCCAACGCGCCCAAACCCUCGAGCAGCGUCAAGCUCGUGCUGCUUGGCGAGGCGGCGGUGGGCAAGUCGUCUCUAGUGCUGCGCUUUGUGAACAACGACUUCCAGGAGAACAAGGAGCCGACGAUCGGGGCGGCAUUCCUGACGCAAAAGUGCAGCCUGCCGACUCGCACCAUCAAAUUUGAAAUCUGGGACACGGCGGGCCAGGAGCGCUUCGCCUCGCUGGCGCCCAUGUACUACCGCAACGCGCAGGCCGCCCUCGUGGUGUACGAUCUCACCAAGCCCACCAGCCUCAUCAAGGCCAAGCACUGGGUCGCCGAGCUGCAGCGCCAGGCGAGUCCGGGCAUCGUGAUUGCCCUGGUCGGGAACAAGCUGGACCUGACGAGCGCCUCCUCGGGCGGCGGCGCACCUGCUGGUGGGGACGAUGAUGAUGAUGGUGCGGUUGCUGGGGCGGACGACGGUGGCGAUGCGAGGAAGGUCAGCACCGAGGAGGCCAAGGCAUAUGCGGAGGAGGAAGGGCUGCUGUUCUUCGAGACGAGCGCCAAGACAGGGCACAACGUUACGGAGGUGUUCACGGCAAUCGCCAACGCCAUCCCGGAGACAUCGCUGAAGAGUGCUAGGGGGGCGGGCGCCUCAAAUGCCGUCAGCAGGGGAGGCGAGGAACAGAGGGUGAACCUGAGCGGUCCUCGAGACCAGGCUGGCAAGGAAGGUUGUGCUUGUUAGGGUGGAUAGGUUAAAUGAGAGCUGGGAGAAGAAGACGGUGGUGUUUGUGUGUGUGGAUGGCUGGAUGGGCUGCUAGUGAAGGAGGGUACGGUGAAGAGGCAGUACUGUGUACGAUGAUGAUGAUGAUCAAGAGGACGAUGGGGUAGGGGAAAUGGCCACGAGGGCGGUUGUGGGCUCGAUCAGGCAAGCAUCUGCAUUCACUGUUAUGUUUUAGGAAAGGGGGGAGUGAUAGGUCUCAAGGGGCAGGUCACUUGGGGGAUAAUAUCGUAUUGAAGUUUUAUGUUGAUCAGACAGCGAAUCCUACUUUCUUUUUCAAGGC